CGGCACUUGCGCGGAUGCAGAAUCAGGAGGAGUCUGCUCGUUGAAUUCGAGUGGCUGGCCACCGCCUUCCAUUCGCCCCCCCGCCCGUUGCUGCAGGAGUCCUCUCCCCCCACUGACUGGAUACAUGAAGAAUUACCCGUAAACGACAUUUUCCCUGCAAUAAUGGGCCGCCAGCUAAUUACUGUGUUGACGUGUUGAUAUAAAGAUAUUUCAGAUAUCAAAUAUGAAUCAUGCAUUUGAUAUUUCUGGCAAAUUUGCUCGUGAGCAUUCUUGCGUCCUGGCUCCAUCCAUCCAUAGCGGCAAUUGUUUCUCAAGGAGGAGAGAAUGAGGUGGUUGAGAGGGACGCAGUGUCAUUAUUGUUGGAGAGAGAGGCAACUGCAGCAACGGCAACAGACAACACAAGUCACCAUGCGGCUGAGCAUGUGAUCACCUACCCCUCUCGGCUCAUCUACUACCUGAACGAGGACUCAGAGAGCACUUACCAUGACCUGGACACCCGGGCUAGGAACCAGGCCAGAGAGGGUCAUGAUCAGGCGGUCCACCUUGCUCAAGCCAGUUUCCAGUUAGAGGCCUUUGGCUCCAGAUUUGUGCUGGACCUAACAUUAAACAAUGACUUGUUGUCGUCGGAUUAUGUGGAGAUCCACUAUGAAGGGGGUAAACCUGUUCUGUCAAAGGGUGGUGAGCACUGUUACUACCACGGCCAGGUGAGGGGGGAAGAUGACUCUAACGUGGCCUUGUCUACCUGCAAUGGGCUGCAUGGAAUGUUUGAUGAUGGACUCUACGUGUAUCUAAUUGAGCCUUUGCAACAGACUCACUCAAUUGAUACAGCUGCACGACCCCACUCGUUGCGCAGGAGGCCCACGCUCCAGAGGAACAAUGACCAAGAGGAACUGGUGGAGGAAGAGCAGCUGCUUUCGGAGCUGGAUGACAUGUCCUGGCUGAAGCGCAGGAAAAAGCGGGCUAUGCCUCGGAAUGUCUUUGAGGAAAUGAAGUAUUUGGAGAUUAUGAUUGUCAGUGACCACAAUAUGUAUAAACGACACAAGACCAAGCAGCACACCAGGAACUUUGCCAAGUCAGUGGUGAACUUUGUGGAUGCUAUCUUUAAGGAGCACCUGCACACACGGGUUGUUCUGGUUGCCGUGGAGAUAUGGACAGACAAGGACCAUAUUCCCAUCAGUGUGAAGCCACUGGACAUGCUGAAAGAUUUCUCUAAGUACCGGGCGCAGAGCAUCAAGCAACACGCUGACUCUGUGCACCUCUUCACCAAUGUGACCUUCCACUACCGCCGGAGCAGCGCAGCGUACUUCGGGGGCAUGUGCUCUGUGAGCCGUGGAGUAGGGGUCAACGAGUAUGGCACCACGUGGACCAUGGCUUCGUCACUCUCCCAGAGCUUGGCACAGAACCUAGGCAUCCAGUGGGAUCCAGCCGCCAAGAGAAAGGAAUGUGGCUGUGCUGACUCCUGGGUGGGCUGCAUCAUGGAGGAUACUGGGGUCCAGCAUCCCCGGAUGUUCUCCAAAUGCAGCAUCUCAGACUACAAGGAAUUCCUGCUGAAAGGCGGUGGAUCCUGUCUUUUUAACAGGCCAAACAAGCUGUUUGAAUCCACAGAGUGUGGGAAUGGAUACAUUGAGGUGGGAGAGGAGUGUGACUGCGGCGCUAGAUCCGAGUGCUACAAGGAGUGCUGCAAGAAGUGUUCCCUAGCUAAUGGUGCACAUUGUGCUGAUGGACCUUGCUGCAACAACACUUGUCUGUUCUACCCACGAGGUUAUAGUUGUCGCUAUGCGGUGAAUGACUGUGACAUCUCAGAGACAUGCUCAGGAGACUCUGGCCAGUGCCCUCCUAACCUUCACAAACAAGAUGGCUACCACUGUCAAGUCGACCAGGGACGCUGCUACGGUGGAGAGUGCAAGACCAGGGGGAACCAGUGCAAAUACCUCUGGGGUUCAAAGGCGGGAGGCUCCGAGAAGUUCUGCUAUGAGAAGCUCAAUACAGAGGGAACAGAGAAGGGAAACUGUGGGAAGGACGGAGAGAAAUGGCUCCAGUGCAGCAAGCACGAUGUGUUCUGUGGGUCCCUGCUGUGCAGCAACAUAGGACGCAACCCCCGCAUCGGGAUGAUGAAGGGAGACAUCACCCCCACCUCCUUCAACCAUCAGGGCAGACUGGUGGACUGCAGUGGUGGCCAUGUUCUUUUGGACGAUGAGACUGAUUUAGGCUACGUGGAGGACGGGACGCCCUGUGGGCCGUCAAUGAUGUGCCUUGACCGCAAGUGUCUGCCCAUCCAGUCCCUCAACAUGAGUGCCUGUCCCAGCGGGCCCAACAGCCAGGUGUGCUCAGCCCACGGGGUGUGUAACAAUGAGGCGUCGUGCACCUGUGACACUACAUGGGCGGGGACAGACUGCAGCAUGCCUGACCCCCCCAAGGAGCCUGCGCCCGCAGAAGAUGAAGGACCAAAGGGUCCUAGUGCCACCAAUCUUAUAAUAGGCUCCAUCGCCGGAGCCAUCCUGGUAGCUGCCAUAGUGCUGGGGGGGACUGGAUGGGGCUUUAAGGUUCAAGGGUGAGAGUUUAAGCGGAAGUGGUGAGAGAGAAGCCAGGGCCAUAUUGUUGGCCGCAGCCUUUGUGCCAUGGCUGGCCACACCCACCUGGAUGGCCAGGCUCCGCCCUAGAGCAGAGCAGGACUCCUGGACCCGCCCACACCAGCUGCCAUUGCUGCCUGCUUCACAGACCUGGUACAGACACGGCGCAUUGAGCUGCAUGACCCACCACGCACAUCAAUAGUGCCACCUCCCACUGGCCUACUAUUGAAACAGGUGCAUGACAGACUGCUAGAAGCCCCACAUCAAGCCACAUUACGGGGAGGUUAUGCAUAACUCUCCUGUUGGUGUUAUCUUGUUGUUGGUGUUGUUGUCGUUGUUGUUGUCGUUGAUGUGUUGCUGUUGUCUCCUCUUUCCCCCUUUAAUAGAGUACAUUUUUGUUGGCUCUCUCUCCCCCCAGAUGGUAAUGUUUUGAAUGGAACUAAUGUAUUUUCCUGUCAGAGAUGGUAAUGAGAGAAUUGUGUCCUAUCCUUGUCCUUGUGUUUUGGAAAGCUAACUGUAUGCCACAUGGACUAGCACAGACUCUUCUCAUUGCCUCCAGCACCAUAUUGUGGUUGCACAUUUGAAACACAAAAUGGAUGUCAUCACAAUGCAGAAGAAUUGACUCAUAGGUCAAUCUGAAAGACUUAACAACAGCAAUACACAUACCAAUAGUGAACAUAUCAAAUCAAUCUAGGGUCUCCAGUGACCUCACUGAAGCGCGUAGCUGCAGGGAGCAGUCCAGUACGAAAGGACCAAUUAUGGCUCCUGUUGGCUAAGAGAUGAGUGUGGCUGCUUCUCCACGGUGCACUGACUGUACCACCAUCAUCAGUAAUAUACCAUGUAUUGAUCCCUUUCUUCUUUCCCCAACUCUCCCCUGAACGCGAAGAAAUGUGAAGAAGCGACGGUACGACCCCAACGCCAGUGCCAUAUAAGGCCGGAGGAGAGGUCAAAGGGCACAGAGGGAUCCUCUGGACUGCACUUACAGCUGCUGAUUUUUGGCAUUAGAUUUACUUGAAAAAGAAAUAGAGGACAAUUUAACAAAUUCCAUCUUAGUCAUGUAGAAAUGCAGCCUUCUUCAACCCCACCCACCUAACAACCCCAUCCUGAUCUCUAGAGCCACAGAACUCCUCUCCUUUUCCUUUCAUCGUUAGUGCCAGUGCACAGGCGUUCAGGCGGAACUCACACCAUUAUAUUCUCUCACCAGGCAUGAUUUCCCGCACAGAGCGUGCAGCUCGCUGGCUCUGGCAUGAGGGGCCCUCGCUAAAGGACUUUGCAUGGCUACCAAAGCUAUGAACAACACACAGCAAAACAAAACAAAAAAAGAAGAGAGAAAUCACUACUGAAUCGUCAAAUGGAGGUGAGAACCUCAUUAAAAAACAAACCCGGUGGUACCCUGAAAAGCCUCCUCCUCCUUAGGUCACCACAAUGAGAGGAAGAGGGCUGCAUGCUCGAACCCAAAUGGGAAAUGCAGACCACAUUCAAUAAAUUGAAGUAUAUAUCGGGCAACAUUGUACAUAAAAGAGGAGAAAGAGUUCAGAUUCUGAAUUAUAACAUAUCAUUUUACACUGACACACUCUGCUUCUGUUUUCUCUUUAAGCAUGUUGUAUAGCGGGUGUUUUUGGCAAUGUUAAUGAAAAACAGUAACGCAAUUAUGAUUUGGGCCAAAAUGCUACGGAUAACCAGACAAUGUCAUAAUCUGUCUAUUAGGUGUUACCACACGCUACAUUCUGUAUUUAACCAAUAUAGAGGUCAAGGGUCAGGUUCAGUAUACACAGUACAGAUGAGAGGUCAGAUUUAGGGGUCUACAUGUGUCUUCUCUAGAGGUCAGGGCACAGCGAUGAUGACAGAAAGAUAGAUCGCAGAUUAUCCAGUCUAUGAAUGACGUCAUGGGGUUCCUUAAGUACUUCCAGUAGUGACUCAAAAGCCAAAGAAUCAAUCACGUGGAAUGUUUGGAUGUUGUCGCACACAGAGCACUUUCCCCUUUGUCUGCAAUCUGUGUGCCUCUCUCUCCCAGUGCUGCAGACAGGCAUGCAGUGUGUCCCUGCAGAUUAGUCCCACCUGUCUGAUCCGGUGGUGUCACUAUUUAACAGUCCUCAUCAACACCCACUAUACUGGCUAGCUUGGCGCUCUCAUAAACUCUUACUAGAAAUCAAGUUCAGCUCUACUGGUACGCUGCAUGCAUUCACACUAUAGUGGGCUUAUAAUUCUAUAAGGGAGUCCCAAAAUCCGCAAGCUAAAAUACGCUACAAAAGAUAGGUGCAUGUCAACAAACAAAACAUUUAACUUUUAUUUCUAUGCAAAGAAAGAUACUGCACAAACUUAUGGGUUAUUAAAUGUAAUAAUGAUAUCAGUAUAAACAUGGAACAAAAACCUGUGCGAAUCAGACAACCUUUUGUAUUCGGCCACUCCCACAUCUCGUUUCAUUUAGCUUCAAAGUACUGAAAUAAAGAAUGGAAAAGCAUAAUUGAAUUCAUAUGUCCAAGUGAAAAGCCGAAAGAACAUCCUUUCACGUUUGUGGAAUCGAAGGAAAAUAUAAUUUUUGUGUGUUUUUCAACCAAUCUAAGAUGACAUUUCUAAUCUGACAUACUGUAUGUGCUGAGGCCUCAACAGGUUACUUUUCCAGGACUUUAGUUUCCAGCCCAGCUGACAGACAGACAGUUGGUGUGUUCCAGGUGCUGCCAUAGCACUGGCAUUGUGUAAACCUCCAUAUUAGUCAUCAUCUCGUGUCCCUAUCAACACUGCAUCAUGUACAGUUGGACCGACGAAUAAACGACUGAAGUAUUUUA